AUGCCGCCCCGAAUCAACAUCCCGCCGGUCACCCGGGUUCUGCUCGCCGUGCUUGUCGUGCAGUCGUUCCUGAGCGCCGCGAUCCGCUAUCGUCAAUGGAGCGCGACAUCCGAGAUCGUGAUACCGUACCUGACGCUCAUCCCUCAGCUCUCCCUUAUUUAUCCGUGGACCUUCUUGACCUCAACACUGGUCGAGAAUAACAUAUUCACGCUCGGAAUCGCCGGCGUCACCAUUUAUCAAGGCGGUAGAUACCUCGAGAGAGCUUGGUCUUCGGCGGAGCUGGCCAAGUUCGUCGCCGUCACGGCGCUGAUCCCCAAUGUCCUGACCUUUGCGCUCAUGAUCAUCUUCUUCACCCUGACAAGAAACGAGCGCUGGACACUGACCGUUAUUGGCGGCACGAUUCCGAUGCAGAUCUCUUUCCUCGUCGCAUUCAGCCAGCUCGUCCCGGCGCACACUGUUACUCUGUUCCGUGGCAUCCUCUCCCUUCGAGUUCCGCGAUUCCCUCUGUUAUAUCUCGGCAUCGUCUUUGUCCUAUCUCUGACACCGCUUCUGACGGCGGCCUCUUUCUCCCUUGCUGUGAGCGGCCUGCUCACGAGCUGGACAUACCUCCGCUUUUACAAGACCGUCUUCCCCGACCUCGACUCUUCCCAGCCGACUUCUCUCCGCGGAGACGCUAGCGAGACGUUUGCAUUUGCCGAGUUCUUCCCGGCACCGGUGAAGCCCUUCGUCGCCACCCUUUCAAACCAGAUCUUUGAGGUGCUGGUAGCGAUGCGGAUAUGUAGCCCCUUCUCCGCGGACAACCUCCCAUCCGGACGAGGCAACAACUUCAUACAGAGGGGCGCACCGGGCGGCGCAAGAGCCGAGGCGGAGCGGAGAAGAGCGCUGGCACUGAAGACGUUGGACCAGAGGCUCCAUGCCGCCACCACAAGCACAGCGGCACGAUCUUCGUCGCAACCUCCGGCGCAGCAGCCCACGGGUCCCACGGUACAGACGCAACCGCAGCCCAACACGCAGACGGCUAUGACUACGCAGCCGACUGCGAUGCUGGGGGAGACCAACUACCACCCCGAGCAGGACUCGAGCGAUAAAUCCGCAUCAUGA